AUGCUGGCAGUUCUUUGGCAUCUGGUACCCCGCUGGCAGGUACGCUUGCGCUCCCGCGAAGUAUGCAGGUCGUACGCAUGGCUACCCAGUCAUCCUCGUUUUUUUGACCCGUUGGUUGUUGUGUGCCAGGGGGUGUUUCGGUACGCCUAGGUGCGGUCUGGCCGUGUCCUCUACCUGCGCCCUCUUCCGCCUUCGGUCUUGACUAUGUCAUGACACCGGGCCCAGGUAAGGGAGAAGGAGAGAGUGCGGUCGAUACUGUGCAAAUCGACCCACACUAUAAACUAGUUCACACACGAGCCAGCGUGCCUGCCUCGCCUUGCUGUGAAGCCCACGGUUAACAUCGUCAGUUGCGACGGGCGAACAGUUGUCCGUCGCUGAAGUUCUUAGUCCACAGCGCGUGUGCUCGUCUACGUCUGGGCUGUGCUCGCCUUCAUCCAGACUGCAAAGCGCGCGGCGUGUUUUGCUUCCAGCUCUUGCAGUCAUAAAUUGUCAGAAAUUCGACCACGCUGUCAACAAUAUAUGAUUUAACUCUGUAACGCACCAGAUGGCGCGGUCUGCAGACACUGUACGUCCAAUGGGCCUUGGAUAUGAUCCCUUUUCUCCAACACGACGCAGUUGGUGGUUGCUCAUUCAAUUUUCUCCAACGAAUGAAAGAACCGUUUGUCUCUCAGGGGGGUUGGCAACGCGAUCACUGUUAUAGUCAACACGGUAGUAUCAGUCCCUGUUGAAUUUACCCCGUUGCCUGUUGUGCCACCUCAUUCAGAUGCCACAUUUAGCCAUCUCGGCUAACCGCGUCGAACCUCCUCGAUCACCACCUCCUGUUGGCAGGAAGAUUCAUUCUGCCCAUACAACCGACACCUCUGCGCUUGACAGCAGGACUCUAAAUUGAAUCUCGAAGCAAAACAGGACGGGCGUGCCUUUUUAGUCAGUUCGUUUACGAAGCUCCGAAUCAGACUGCCAUAUCCAUCGCAGCAGCGUAGGCCAUAGGGAGACCCUAGCCAGUUCUGAACAGGAGAAGUGUGACGUCAGUUGAAAGGAUGUCGUAUUGCGUACAAAAUAGUUGAGCAUAAAAUUGGUAGGAGGUAGCAGUCAGACAAUGACACGACCGUCGCCUCGAGACUGGCGUCCACGAGUGUGAGAAGGUGGGGCAGUCGUCCACCGCCUCCAGCAAGGUCACGACCGAGUCAGCCUCGGAUAGGAUUGGUCAUUUUGGACAGCCAACAUUGGUCGAGGACCAGACUGCAACUGGUGCGCGCAAACUGGUAGUCGGAAGGGAUUUCGAUUUUCAACAUUCGCCCGGAGUUUGGCCACAAAAUAUCCACGAAAAUGAGUGGUGUGCGGUGAGCUUUUCCCCAAACCUAACAAGCUAUCGUUUUUGUGCAGUUAAUUUUCCAAAGAUGGCGAAAGGCCUAGUAUAUGUAUGGCAAGCCCCCAAGAAAAUAUUCUGGGAAGCUUCAAGAAAACUUCUUCUCCAUGUAUUCGCAUUUGGGCACAUCACGCAGGCUUAGAGCAUCCGCGUGAUUAACGGCCAAGUGCCACGUAGCAAUUCUAUAAAGGGUUCGCAAAAUUACUGAGCAUUAUAUCUCCUUGUCCUAACACAAGCCGCCUAAGAUGGAUAGGGAUCGUCGUCUGUGCUUAGGGCAAAUCUAGCGACACACAUUUUAGUCGCAUCACAUCGUAAACGAAUUUGUUUUCCGACCAGCCAUUUGUGACCUCUUCUAAUUAACGCGCACAAUCAAAUUAUGAGGUCACUCAGCAGGCGAAGUUGUGCCUGCGGAUCUUCUACUCUUUAUUUGUCUGAUUAAACCACUGGAUGAUCUGCCCAGGUACUUUGCUAUCCCUUACUUUGAACAUUCUUACUCUUCCGUUCGUAUGUGUUAAGUUCUGGCCUGUUAUUUGGGGACCAGGUCGUGUGUGGCACGUGAUAGGCGGGUUGUUUUGCUUUGUCAGCCACCUCUGCCAUCUCCCGGUCGCGACCAUCCUGACUUUGACCUGGCCCACGACGCAGGUGGAUAAAGGGAGCCAGAGUGUGGCAGUCGUAGCACAGGUCUUCUAUAAUUAUAAACGAGAUUGGACUGCAUCUUCCCUGGUUGCUGAACUCGCUUGCCGGCCUGUUACGUCGACGGACUUAAUAAUUAAAAUAAAUAAAUAAAUAAUUGUUAUUAAGGACACGUCGGGAUCCCAUCAAAGCAAGUAAAAAUAAAAGUACAUAUGAAUUUUAGACGAGGUACGCAGAAUCUGGACAAAAUGCAAUUCAUGGCUUCUGAAUUUGUAGUCCGUCAAGAAAAAUGAUGAGCGUGAAGUGAAAAAACUCCUCCUGAGAAUUUAAAAAUGACUGCAUUAAUUUUACAAGAGAAAAUACCUUCGCUCAUAAUGACACAAAAAUGUGGGCAGGGCUGGCUUGCAUGUGGCGGUAUAUAACGGAUUAUAAUCAGACAUCGUCAGGGCAGAAAUAAAUGUUAAACUUGAGGGGCACGGGUUAGACAGGACUGACGUGCAUGUGGUAUUGUAUAAGGAAUUCAGAACGGAUAUCGUCAGGGCAGAAUUGAUACGCCGAAUGAGAUUAUUCGCUUCAAAGUGGCCAGACAAAAGGAACCCAGACGCGAUCGGUCACAGUCCGCUUCGAGCACAGCCGAGGAGGGUGGAAGGGAGAUACUACCAAACUACUAGAAGACAGCGAAUACAGAGGGUUCCGCCGUAAGCGUCGACAGACCGCGUGUGGUCGAAAUGCGGGAGAUGACAUCAAAAACCGCGUAAAUCGUCGCUAUGUGGGAGGAGUGAUAGCAGUGGACUUAGUAACCAAUUCAAAACAGGGAGUUGCAAAGAGAGAGAUGAAGGUUUCCACUUGAUUUACCGCUAAAGCUACUACAUUUCGCUCCACAUUUUAGAUAGAAAAUUCUAUCGUCUUUUUCUUUUAGACAAUAAUGCUGAAAUGACCGUAGAUCACCAACUGCUCUUUUGCCCUCCAAGCAACUGACGUAUUUAUUUAAUUGAUUUUUGCACUGUUUAGCCUAUUUUAUUUCUCAAAUACUAACUGACAUUCCCUCUUGUCCAUUUCAACUAAACUUUUGAGGCCAUCGGUCGUCUAUGCUGCCAACAUUUCGAAUUACGCCUCGAGCCCAGGGUGGGGAAAUGGCUAGCGAUUGACGAAAUGCAUCAAUUGGCCGACUACCUCUGUUGGCCACCAGGCAAUUAGGCUAAACUUUUCACGCUAGCCAUAAUGGUCUCUGCGACUCUUCUUGAGUUUAAUUAAUGCAAAAUUAUGCUCGGCUGAUACUUCCAGUAACGAAAUGAUCCGCUGAAUAUCAUUAAGAACACAGUCAAGUAAGAAAUCUCAGUGGUAAUUGCAUCCCUAGGCGGCUGGCCACUAUAACAAGGUGAGAAUUGCCUAAAAGUUUUCUUACUUGGUUUAUUAAAUGCUGAGCAGAAUUACGCCUAUGUUCUUAAGAAUUGACCAUACAUAUAAAUUUUUGCCGACCGAAAAAGGUCAAAACGGUAAGAAUUUUCAAGGAGGGCGCCUUUUUGAACAUUCGCAAUCUAAGUUCUCCUUCUUAAAAAAGUGUAUUCGGUCACUAUCCCCAACCGCAUACGCUGUAGUGUUAAAAGAAGCACCGAGACUGCGUGCACGCUUUAGGCGUCUGAUGCGAAAACGUCACAAAUAAUAUCAACGAAGAGUUGAUGUUCAGGGCGAGAGAUUACUAGAAUAUAUGUAAACAUAUGGUUAUCGAUAUUGGAAACCUCAGGUAGCUUGCUUAAGCUUAAGAUUUUGCAUGACUUUUGGCUUAUACUGGGCCUUCCGUCGACGUUAGCCGGUUACAUAUGGUAGUAGGGAUGUACCUGUCAUUUGGCCUACUUAACUCGUGAACGUUUCGCAAGCGGCCUCUGAAAUAAUAGUUACUUUUGCAGAAAUAUCAGUCUUUUUGGUCGGUGUCCGUUUUCUGUUAACGUGUGUCAGUCGCCUCUUACUCGUCGCCCCACUCUUCACUGAACUGAAAUCAGCCUCCUUGCCCAAAUGGAAUGCGUCAACUUAUUUUCACCCAUAGACGAGCAACAUGUUUAUAAUCCCUCAAUCGAUUGGCAUGGCCAGUACCUGAGAAGUCUCUGCUUCUCCGACUUGCAUACCAUAGCCGAAUUUGUUGGUUACGCGCUAUAUUUGACGGUAUUUCCCUUUUCGCGUCCCGUAAGCACUACUGCGUUUUUAUAUCGCCGGUCAGAUAGCGCAAAUUUUUCUAAAGUCAACAUGGCUGACCCCACCGGCGUUGUAGUUCACUUCGAAACUAUCUUGUUUAGACCUGCCGCCAUAUAUCUGUCGUCAUGGGGGAGGACUCGAUGACGACUCAGCUUAAAUCAAGGGCAAGUUUCUAUCUCCUGCGUUUGCAAUGUAAUCUGUAGAAGUAAAAAUUACAUCUCGGGAAUGGGGUGCUAUGAGUUCCUUAAACUGCAAAUCGUCUAUGCUGCCUUGUACAUUUUCCGACAUUCGGUCAGAUUUUUGAAAAACUAGAGAUGUCUCACCAUGUUCACUGAUCAUGGCUAUCAUUGGUGAUGUCACCUAUGGAUUCCAAGUCCGAAAUUAAAUUCUUCACUUAGGAAUCCCCUACACAUCUGGCUUAUCUGACCGAUAUCAACCGCUUCCUUAAUGAUUACAUUCAUUUGCAAGAGCAUAUUUCACACAUACUAUCGCCCAGUACGGCAGUUGCGUGGACUAGUUAAAUUCUGUCAUCAGAGAAGCCGAAUAACUAAAGAUAUUUCUUUAGCUUAAGACACAAUGUAGAACAGAUAUGAACAUGGCUCGCAAAAUCGUUGUAGGGCGAGAAUUUGCUCCUCAGUCUGUUGAUAUUUUUGAGAUGAUACGAACAAUCACUAUGCGAGGUCACCAAUCCCAGUUAAAGGUGAACUACAUAUGUCAGCCAUGGAGAGCGAAUCAAUUUUCGCUAUAAUCGGAUGGUUGAAAGAUAGGACAUUGUGCCAAAUUUUGUUUUCCUUGCAGAAACCUUGAGACCUCUAGUAGAAGCAUUCGCCGGUUUUUUCUUCAUGGUCGCAAAUUCUCUUGGUAUUAGUGACUGAAACGAUUGUUAUGCAAAUUGGUGCAUGCAAUUCAUCCGUAUAUCUGUAAGGUCCUUCCUAUCUUCCUUACAUGUGCCAAAUUACAACUAUGCAGGUAUCCACAAUCAUUUCCUUUAGAACCCAUUGCGGGGCCAACGAUGAUAUUUCGGUCUUCAAGUAUUUAACCUUCAUAUGUUCACACAGUUUUCCUAAUUUAUUUCAGACUUAUGUCAUACUCAUCUCAGUAUCCAUUCGUUCCCCUAGCGCCAGACUCUUCUAGUAGUUUUAAUGUUGGAAAACUAACAAUAUUUCGCAGAUCGAACUAGAUUGUUAGGAGAGUAUAUGAAUUUAUGCCACGCGAGAAUGGAAUUCUUUUUACACCUCAAACACAUUUCGCAAGUGUAUUCCAUCAAUCAGAUCACUGCAGUUCGCGAAGUUACCAAUGUGGCUUGAUACGUAGAUAUAACACGACUGCACGUCAAAUAAGGCCACUACAUAAUGAUGGGAGGAUCGCUUUCGGUAAAAUUACCAGAAGUCAAUGGGAGAAGGGAUUAGAUAGCUUUUGCUUAUUUUCAGUCGUGGGCGAACAAACGUCAAAAACCGGAAAGGGCCGAUACUCUAGUCAAGUUUUAGUUUACGAUUUGAGUCAUGCCCUUAAGGUAGGCCGCGGAAUCAUGCGGUGUGAACCACUAUCCGCAGUACUACGAUUCACAUAACAGUAAAAUGAUAAAAUUUUUGACGAGCACCCAUCUUAACGCAUGUCCGUGUUCCCAUAUACGAACGCUGAUCACUUGACUGUUGAAGACCAUUAAGCUAGAAACAACAGUUCUAUUCACCCUGUGGUCUACGAAAGAAAAAUUUCUAGAUAUCUGUAACAAAUUUUUCAUUGAUGAAAUAUCUCUGAACACUCGACACCCCAAUGGUGUGGAAUUACCACGCACGCGGCACCGAAAAAAUGCAAGCAUUUUAAGGUUUAGCGCCAUUGAUCUCACAAAACGCGGCGUAAGCCAACUACUCCGGUGUCAGUGAGAUCUUGGUGGUGUCAGAAAAUCUAUGUGGGAUGUAGUAGGAAAAAAUAUAUACAAAGAAUAAUAUCCAUUCUUGAAGUGUUCAAAAUAAAAUAAUGGAAACAAAUGCCUUUACCAACGCCUACUCAUUGUGUGUCCGUCGUGUUGUAAGAUCCUGCAACUAUGCUAUCGAACAGAGCAAAUUCAUGCCCUUGCCAAACGCAUUUUCCAAGUGCUCUACUGUAGAGCAUUGCAACGAAUUAGUGAAAAAUUUUCUCGUAGUUUACUUUAUGGUACAGCAUACCCUUAAAAAAUUAAUUCGCUAUCUUAAAUGCAGUGGAAGCAAUGUGAAAUAUUUCGUUGACUGUUUGCAGUAAUCAUGCUUUCCUCUCUAUCGACUCAAUUCCUCUGUCCAAAAUGCUCAGGCCAUUGCUGACUGCCUAUUUGAACCAAAGAACAAGACAAAACUUUGUAAAUGUAAAACAUUUCACCGUCUUCUUUGAUCUCACCUUUAUACGCCAUGUGACGCAUUUUUUCCUCGAAUGCUAAUUUGCGCACUCCUUUGUUUAUUUGAAGUGAACUCUUAAGGCCGUCAGUCGCCAACACUUCCAACAUUUCGAAAGACACCUUGAGCCUUUUGCGGUGCGUACGCGCGUACUUCCCUUAGAAAUCCUUCGUUAUACGCGCAAUCAUUUGUUGAAGUCGUCCGAUUAUGCUUAUUGCUUUUAUGAUUGAAUUUGCGUUGGGAUAUAAGGGGAUUUUAUUUAACACUGAAUUGUCCAGAUUAUACAUAACUUGUAUAAAACAUAUUUAGCCCAGAGUAAAUAUAAUCAGUGCAAUAAUUAUAAUAUUUGUAUUAUACAAUCAAAGAAGCAUGUAAUUUGUUGGAUGAGAAAUGCAAUGCAAUGUGCACUACUUCGAGAGGAAAUCAAGCAGUUAUCCAUUUUUCGAGAUAUUCAUAUCGAGUUAUAUUGAUUUGCCCUUCAGACUAAGAUAGGUAGACAGCGAUUGUUACCGUUUGAUAUAGUAAACAAUAGUACGAAAUGUCCAACAUGAAAGGGAGCCAGGAUUCUAGACAGAACAGUAACAUUGACAUGCAGUACAAACUAUCUGAACUCGAUGGCUUUCCAUAGGGAAAGCUGAUUCAUAAUCACUUAAACAUUUACCUCUUUGAGAAAAUUGACUCAGUUGGUAUAAAUAAGCUGAACGUCACCUAUUGCCUUAAUUAUCGAUGGCCCACUAAGACCGCGAAUUUUCGAGCGCUGAGUCCGAACCUAGAAAAUAAGCAACUUCUCCACCACACUAUCAAAUUUAGGUUGCUGGCGGGCUCGUUUGCAUAAGCACAGUUUGUUUCGCUGCAAAAAGCUGUGGUAUUUUUCCAACUUCGAAGUUCCGCUUAUAAAAAAGGCAUAGCAGUCUCGGAGUUGGUACCGCCAUCAAGUCCGCCUAUGCCAUCGCGUAAGAAGUUUGACUUCUGGACGUGGUCGGAUCGCGGGAAAGUAGAUGAUCUAAGUUGCAUCGUAGGAGCGUUAACGCUGCUUAAAUUACUGUCGGUUUAUAUAAUUGACUCACUAUGCGGCUUCAGCAUUUUCAGAUAAAAUUCUGCUUCACUAUUGUGUGAUAAGGAACAAAUUAUACGUGAUGGGUUUCUUUGCUGUCUAAGAAACAUACCGGCAAAGACUUCAGAUUUAACUUCAUUUGCGGUAAAAAAAACAUUUACUGGAAGUGUUGAUUAGAGCUUUACUGUCACGAUCGCUGCCCGCUACAAUGGUUUCUAUCGAAUGUGUAAUGUUAACAUACCUAGCGGGGCCGCACAUCGCUGCCAACACACUUACAUACGAAGGAUAAAUUUAGUUUUUUCAGCCUUUCUCCUCCUCCAACACACCUAUCACCGACGCCACAUAAGUAAGAAUAUGCUGAUGCGUCUAGAUUCAGGCUAACGCCACGCCAUUGAUUUUUGCCCGAUCCCUCCUCCGGUAUUUAUUACACCGGGACAAAGUGGGAGGGGGAGGCGAGUGCGGUAAAUGCAGAAAGAAUCUACUAACACUCGAAAUCACAUCACAUGAUGGACACCGUCGGUGCGGGCGGCCAAAAUGUCGUAUGUGGGUCGGCGACAAUGCAUGCCAAGAGGCCUCCUUCUGGACCGGCGCCUUAAAUGUUGAAUCGCCUCAAACUGUUUCAAUAAUGAGCGGACGAAUUAAGAACUGUGUAAGGUGUUGAGGGUUAUUUUCUUAAGGCUUAAUGACCAUAUUGCUAUUGUGAGGGUAGUAAAAUAAAGGAUAACAAUGACGCCUUCCGUCGCAUAUACUACGGAAUGUCUGUCAAUGGCUGAAUCGUUGCAUGUGUAUCAUUCUGAGAAAGCAUGCCAUAUUCGGCCGAAGAUACAGUCUGUGGUGUGUUCUUUAGUGAGCUCUGUUGAAACCAUGCAUAGGACACCGACUCAACAUACUUCCAACGAAAACAUCGGUAGUUUUUUAUUUUCUAGUAUUGUUAUCACUAUGGCCACAGUUCGAGUGCCAAAACGCGCGUUCGUUUGGAUCUUACGAAACGCAUAUAGUUGACACCAGGAAAGACUGUCUGCCGUUCUAAACUGUUGGUCCUCAAAUCCCCCCUCAGGAAUCUGCGUGUCCCAUGUAGGGUUGAUCCGCAAAGUAAGGCUUUCUGCUGCUCAUUACAGACCCGCAGUUCCUCCGAAAUCAUAAAGGUUGUACGUUUUUUUCGUUUUAUAAAUUUUUCUGUCAAAAUUGACUACACAUGACCGAAUUUUUAGCCAUCUGAUCUUGCACAUUCAAUGGCCAACCAGGAGACUCAGUCAUUUGAGGACGAAGUGGCACUUGUACGAUGUCUUCCCGAGUUAAACUGCCUUCGUAUGACAGGCGAACUGACCGAUGUGAUUUUAGUGGUAAGUUUAUAAAUAAACUUUACUGUUAUUUUCUCAUUUCAAGCUACAGGACGAAAUCUCGCUGCAUGUACACAAGUUAGUUUUGGUCUGCAGAGUACCCUCCCUACGUGAAUCCUUAUGUACAAUGCAUACGCAAAAGAAGGCUGUCCUUGAGUGGCCAAAGGUUUCCUCUGAGUAAUCACUCGUGUUAUAAUACGACUACCGCACAGAGUCGCUAGACCGCUAAUCGAUUAUGUGUACACGGGCCAGCUGGAAGUCAAUGAGGCCAAUGCUACUGGCCUGAUUGUGCUAUCGCAACAACUCGUAAUGCCUCAGGUGGAAGAGUGGGCGGUGAGUUUUUUGGCCGCCAGGUAGGUGAUAUCCAGCUCUCAUGAACUCCCAGGUUCAACGCCGAAAACAUCAAAAAAUACUGGGACCUCGCAAAGUUGCUUAAGAGCGAACAGCUAAUGAACGCCUGUUUUCAUCACAUGAAGACAAACUUUGAAGCCACGGUUGCAAGUGACUUCUUCAUCCAGCUGCCAGCUGACACUGUCUUGUCCAUACUGCGUGCUGAUGACCUCAUAGUGGACAGGGAGGAGAGCGUCUUUAAAUCGAUUGGGCUUUGGGUAAGUUCACCCGGCGAAGUUGAGGAGAAUCGACUGGUGCAUAUAGAAGCAAUGCUGCGGGAAGUGCGAUGGAACCAAGUUGACGCCGACUUCAGAUCCAGACUGUUAAAUGAAGAAGGUUUUUGGAAUAAAACUAUGGAGUGUUUGUAGGUUGCGGAAACGCCUUUUACCUUUUGAAUUAUUUAAGUAAACUUCUAGCUCGCGUAAUCGCCUGGAUCGAACAUCCAUCCGCGAGAGUGGAUGGAGAGUGUCCAUUUAAUGAAAAACGCAGAAGGCCAUUGGGCGGCAUCUGCCUCAUUGGCAAACUAAAAACUGGUCUGCGGUGUUUUAUCGAGUACGAUGUCGACGCAAACACUUUGAAGCCACUAGCAGGUGUAACAGGUUCAUCUAACGCGGUCUUCGUGGCCAUUGAAGGUGAGUCUCAAUGCAUUGGAACUUUUCGGGUGCUGUUAUACCUGUCUUUGUUUAUUUUUGACUGUCACCUGGAAUCGAUGUUGAACGCGGACUUGUAGAGGGCUAGCCGUUAAGUGGCGUUUGUCGUGCUUGCAGGCGAGAAGGCGCAUUCAGAUGGUUGGGUACGACUGUUUGGAGGCAGGUAUGUCGGAGCCGAAAUCGGUCGAGUUGCUUCAGGUCAGCGGGUGUGAAACGGCUCGCUGCAGGGAGCUGAAUGACCUUGAGGCAGAGAGGCCUUGAACGGGAACAACAGGCAGCCAUGGUGGCUGUCGGCAACAUUGAUAUUUUGCCGACCAAUAUCACAUGCUGUUCCAAACCUCCUCGAUUUUGCCCUUGCGACUGUUAUCCAUCCGUUGUGUACUUGCCUACUGAACGCAGUUUACAUGUGCCAACCUUGACAGCCAUCUGUCUGCAGUUGUUUUGGUCAGACAUUCGUCGCUCGGCAGAUUCAUAAGGGGUGACAGCGUUUUACAUGCAAAACGACUGCCUGCUUCCAUCGAAAGCGAUUAAUGGCUGCGUACUGCUGUCUAGAGUGUCCAACUGACCUUCUAACGCUUCCAAAUUGACAAAUGAUUGCGUUUCGUCUGUUAUUACCAGCGUUAGUGUGGUGACGAUGAUGGCUUUUUACAAGCUCCUGUCUUCUCUCCAUAACACGCCGAUCCAACGACUAAAUUUCUACCCGAACGCGAAGCAUGCGCAUCGACCGUGUAGUGUUUGUGUAAACCGGAUACUUACCUUAGAACAAAUUCCGCAGGAUUGACAUUUUUGCGCGAAAGACGCUUAUCUGAAUGUGCACAGGUUGGUUAUGGUCUGCAGAGUACCCUCGGUACGUGAAUCCUUAUGUACAAUGCAUACGCAAAAGAAGACAGGCUAAAUGUUUCCUAUGAGUAAUCACUAGUGUUAUAUUACAACUUCCGCCUAGAGUCGCUAGACCGCUAAUCGAUUAUGUCUACACGUCUGUAACCAUAAGCGUUAGUGUGGUGACGAUGAUGGCUUUUGACAAGCCCCUGUCUUCCCCUCGUAACACGCCGAUCCGCCCACUAAAUUUCAGCCUGUACGCGCAGAGACAUUUUUUUCUGCGAAAGACACUUAUCUGUCUUUUCGCCUUCCCGCAAAGCGUCGCCCACUGUAAGCCGUGGGAGACUAAUCCCAUGCCCCUUAACUGAAUGCCUCCCGUCGCAUAGAAAUAAGUGAAGAAAUUGGUUUUUUGUCUAGUCUUGUACUUUUCUCCACUAUCCAGAUUACUGGGCUUUUUAUCGGUGCUGGCGUUCAGUAAGCCUCCGCCCCCUCACCGUCGAUUUAAAGCCGCGCAAUGGAAGACGCAUGCUGCGCAUAAUCUUUCAACUUCUGGCAAGAACACUUUUGCUAUUGUAUAAGCCUGUGGUACAAGAGUAUAAGUCGUUGUAAAACAGCAUGUCUGUGCCAGAUCCUCCGACUUCAUAAGAACACUCAUUGUGGGGUAAUAUAUCGCCUUUAAAUGUGUAUUUUCUCGCAUAGUCGACGCCUUUCGUUGAUAUCCUUGACACUCGUUUUCGUAUUUCCUCACUUCGCUCCUUAUUGCAUUGAAAACAGGCUGCAUCUUCGCAAUUGGAGGAGAUAAAGACGAUGGCAGCUUUCUAAAUGUUGACAAAUUUGAUACGAAGGAACUUCGGUGGAAGGAAUGUGCGCCGCUCUCCAGCGGACGAAUGUUCCUUGCGGCAGUUGCCGUCCCAGUCGGGCAGGAAAACGUGAUUUGUGUCUUCGGAGGAGUCAGCCGUUAUUACGAGUGUCUUGACACUUGUGAAGUCUACUCUCCACAGGAAGACAAGUGAGUCUGCUGGGUGUCGUAGCCACAUAGUAAAGUACAUGGCGAUUGUGUUCACCGCCAAAGAUGAGGCAGGCUUGAGUGAACUUUUCUGCCGUAUGGGAUGGUCGUAAGUCAACCGUGCUCUUCUCCCAGACUCGAGGCCUGAGGGCAUUACGCACUGCAUUAAGACAAAGCGUCUAUUCUGCUUUCCUUACUUAAAAUGGUCGCCGAUUAAUCUCCUGUCUUAACUUGGCCUCUCUUUGCUCAGACGUAGCUUUAGUCAAAGGCAAUUUUCUACCGCCACUUAUGUGACCUCACAUUCUGGCCGGUCAGUCAGAAAAGUCUUUGGCGUAGCUUAACAGUCUUCUCCUUUAGAUUCUUUCUCAGGUUCCACAAGCGUUAUUUGUAAACUCACUGAGAAUUAAGCGAUCGUGAUUUGGCAGUUUUGGUUGAAACUCUACAUUUGGUCCAAGAAUGCAUGAGAUACAGAUUUGCUGAAAAUUCCGACUAAAUUGUCUGCACAUACCGCUCAAAACGCGAUGUUUGAUGUAGCCAACUGCAACAGAGCGACUGUUACCGCACUGGACAGUUUCCUGAGAAGAGUGCUCUGUUUGAAAUCUGUGGUUACGGACGGCAACCUACCGGUAAGAUUUGAGGCACUAAAGCCUGUUGAAACCUCCAGAAGUAGAGCAAUUUUUGGUGCAUUUAUCCUACCCUGAUCGACCCUACAGCCUCCACUCUCCGAGACCUAAAUAGUGGCCCUGCAAAGUAAAGCUAGGCUUCGAUGGGGGAUCUCUGAUCUCUUACUAGGUAGACUGUUAUGAAGUUAAUACUAGAGCUAUUUCAGUCUGUACCUUAGUUCUGGGUAGGCCCGAAUAGUUUGAUCAGGUGGCAUCCUUCUGAAGCACGAUUUUUGGUCGUUGUGAUGGUUUAGAAGUCUGUAUGUUAUUUUAUGGUGAGGAAACUGCACAUUGAAUCGACUUCACUUUCGCCUCACCCUUGUGCCAGCGCCCCAUCCGUUCAGAACUGACUUGAGUCCAGACCGAACUCAGUGAAGCCGCUCUCGCCUACCACGUGACGCGCAUGGACUUAAAUCUCAGUAGUAGGAGCAAAUUGACGAAGUCGUAAUGGGUAGUCCGCUCAGGCCAACUUUCGCCGAUGUUUUUUUCUGGCGCACCUAGAAGAAAAGGUGUCACUAAAACUUAACAUGCCAGCAUUAUGCAGGUUCUACAUGGAUGAUAAAUUCCCGAAUGUUGAUAACAAGGUAGACGCCUCCGAGCUACAUUGUGUAAUGAAUAAGUUACAUCCAAAAAUUAAAUUUGUAAUGGAAAUGGAGCAGUGUAACAAGCUACCCCUCCUAGACGUUCUCAUGCUUAGAGAGGAUGAUGAUUCACUACGGCGCUCGGUUUUCAAUAAGAUCACGUGGAAAGGGCAAUACUUACAUUUUGAAAGAUUUGCACCAAUGCAACGGAAAGAAGUCUAUUUCAUACUCUUUUUCAAAGAACGAUUAAUAUUUUCACUGAUCCACGUUCCAACUCGGGACAGAGUUUUCAUGUUAUCUAGCACCCCCCAUGUUACGUUUUUAAACGCGCUUUUUGUCGGCUUCAAGUGUGUCAAACUUGCCCUGCUGACUGGAUUGUUUUCAUAAGUAGGCCACCGUUGCAGUGACCUAACUGAGUCACCCUUUUUACCGUUGUCUUCAUUUUAGAUGGUAUAGACUACCUGGUUUAAAAGAAAAAAGACAACGUUCUACCGCUGUUGCGCUGCCGGACGGUCGCGUGUUUGUGAUUGGCGGCCAAUGUAGUGACAAAUUGUUGUCCUCUGUGGAGAUGUGUCAUUUACGAGAGCCAGCAGACUGGCGCGGACCACGAAAGUCAUUGGACGACUUUUGGAACAGUUUUUGGAAAGCUGCUGCUCCCAUGAUAUCCGCAUAUGAAAUCCGCGCAGCAGUUGCAUUCAAGGGCAGCAUCUUUGUUGCUGCAGGAUCCGUUAACGUCUUUGCCCCGCCCGACAAGCGGCGGCCGUUGGGACAGUGGACAAGCCUCCCUUAUUGUGGAAUGACGGGUUAUUUAGGCGCUUUCGUCGUUAACCAGGACAGACUAUUUUGUUUCCGUAAGUCAACAGUUCUGCCUCCCCAAUGACUUGAAUUUACUGUCCUCGAGACUGUCUCAGAUCGACUGAAGGACUACUGAUCGUGAGGCGUUUGACUGUCAAGACCUGCUACUUUCUCUCGUCUUUUUAAGCAUUCUCCCUGUAUUCUUAUUACAACUAAAAGAUCGGAAGGGCACAAUUCUGAAGAAUUUGUUGGCAUCUUCAAAUAGAGAUUUAGGGCCACACGCAGUGGUCCUUCAAGGUGAUAUGUUUUCAGAGUGUCAGCUCGUUUUGAUAAGUGGCCGGUCGACUAUCGCGGACAGCGGCGUCCAACUCUACCCCAGCAAAAUGAUCAUAGCGUCAGUCAUCUUAGGAUUCAUUUUGAUGUGAGACAGCCGUUCGCUUCCUCUGCCACAUUCUUCAUUAAUAAUAGAGCGCCAACUGCUUGACAGUCUGGUACAGUGUACUUUCUUCAGUGCAUUUUCAUGCAACUGCGGCCCAAUUUCGUCGCGAAAACGGCGGCCAAAGUCCGUCUCACACGCCUCACUUGGUCGAAACUGCAUAGGGAUAUUCAGGUUAUAUAUAUGCAUAAUACUAUUACCGACAAAGACAAGGGAGACUAGAAUGGCCAUUUCUGGCUUAUUAUCCGUCGUCAGCCAGUCACAUCCAACCCAAAAGUGUGGGACACCCGAGGCUCGAACUUGCAACCUGUUAGUUAGAAGUCCAACGCCUCUAACCAGUCUCCUUGUCUUUGUCGGUAAUACCAUUCUGCCUAUAUCAUGUGCCGCUCUGCGCGAUUUCGAGUUUGGUUAUGGUGAAGAUGGCCUCAUAGGUCAGAUUACUAGAGCGUUCGCUGUACUCAAUUCAUGCCAUGGUGGGGUGCGUUCACCAAUCGUUCUUACGGAACUCACUCCUUCCGUUGUGCCUUACGGGUUCUCUCUCUCGAGCCUGGCUGACGAGGGCUACUAAACCAGAAAUGGCCAUUCCAGUCUCCUUUGUCUUUGUCAGUAAUAACAUUCUGCCUAUAUAUCAUGCGCCGUUGUGCGGCUACUGGUUAGGCUCGAAAGAGAGCUCUAAGGCACAACGGGACGAGUGAUUUCCGUAGAAACGAUCGGUGGGCGCCUCUCUACCAUUAUAUAUAGACCUUUGCUUGGAAGGUUUCUUAGCUUCUAAGUGAAGCCGAUGCUUUCAGGAAAUAACGCUGAAUUGCUACGUUGCGUUUUUUACUUGGGCUAACUCGGAUGGCGCCAUCGAUCGGCUGGUCUUGUGUAUAGACGGGUCAUACUUCACCGCCAGACAUGCGUAGUUUUGAGCUAGACUAUGCCUAAAGACAGUGAAAAAUAAUCCAGGGAAUUCUCAGUUCACUUGUCCCCCUGUUCAAUGAUAAUUAUGCUUUUGUGUAUUUGUUUUAGCCCGUCUUUUUUUACGACCGACUGAACGAUUGGGAAUUGCCUACUUUUUAUAGUAUGCCGCCUGGGAGAUGGCUGUACACGGUUCUCGAUUCUACAGCAUAACAGGAGCUUUUUCGAUAGAUGACAGUUGCCGAUGUGUCGUCUAGCGUAUGUCUUCCAUAACUGGGCAACCCUCAUGAUUAUUGUUCUCACGCUGGACAAGAUGGCGGUUUCAGGGAUCUCCGGUCGAUUUAUUGCCUAAAAGCCAAAUAGGAGAAAAUGAAUGCACUGGCACUAAAUGCGGCUUGAAAAGUCAUUCCAACCAAUCGAAGGUCUAUAUGAACUCGCGGCGGUAUAUUAUUCCGUGCAUAGUAUCUUCUCGGUUCAUCCACUUCUGUCGUUAUAGGUGUUGCACUGAUGGCUGUGACUAAAUGUGAGUCUGGGCGUUUAGUUCGACUGCCCCCUGGGGAGUAACUUCCAGGUAAACUGCAAGACUUCGUCCCUAAUAAGACAGUCAAGUGUCGAUGCCAACCCGAUGUGACGGAUGGUUGGAGCAGAUGGAACAUUUUAUUCCUUUCCUUCUACAUGCGUAUUGCUUUUAUUAUAUUCAAUGCUUCGUAUUCGUCUGCAGUGCAAGUGAGGUUAGAGCAGCUAGCUAAAAGGUUGGUUCGUCUCUGUUCUCCAGUACAUGCAGAUACUCCUAAAAUCCUAAGAAUCCUCGGCAAUAGACGAGGUAUCGCUCCCUUGAUGGAAUCCUUAGGGCCGAUUUGGUCGAUGAUCUAUCAUUUUACCGACGACUUAUCUAUGUGCAAAAACGGUUUUUCCACCAGCGUACUAUCAGAGCCAACUAUAGUUAUGUGCCCACAACCUCUUCACAUGCAUCCCUACUCCCCUUCCUCACCCAUUCCCAACAUAUUUGGUUGUUUUGACCGGUGACAUGCCUCCGCCUUCAACUUUUAAUAAAACUUCAGUUGGAAUUAAUCUGUAUCCACUUCCCUUCUUCUCAUUGGAGGUAACGAUAAACAAGAAGUGUCAGUCAGGGAGUUCGUCCCGCCGUCAAGUCCGCCCAUGCCAUCGCGCAAGGAGUUUGACUUCUGGACCUGGUCGGAUCCCAGGAAAAUAGAUGCUUUAAGCUGCAUCGAACAAGCGUUUAUUCUGCGCUGA